UCAUAUUGCAGCCAGACACGUAGCCAGCCACGUAGCCAGCCACUGUGCAUUGGGUUCGGGUCGAGACGCAGAGAGAUUUGUGAAAGAUGUCAGGAACACUCUGCGACAGAGUCGAAAAAUGAGUAGGAAUCGUAGGCGGAGCUUUCCCAGCAGCCAAGAUGAGCACAAGACCGCCGCUGCACAGCCAAGUGGAAGCAGCUUGAGAUCUCAAUCUCUGUCCAGGCUGGAUUUCUCGGUUCAAUCCUCAUCCAUCUAUCAGUAUGACACGCGGAAUACGCGGAACACGCGACCACAAAUGGUCAGUGUGGCAGUCGGCACAGAUCAGACGGAUAUCCUGAAUGAAAGCACUUCAUUCUUCUCCCCCAGCCAGUCGCAGUGGAGUGAAGUAGACUUGUCUUCGUUCUACGAAAAUUUUAAUACUACUUUUCAUCCCAAGCUUCCUUUUAGAAGAUUUCCCCAUAUCCUUGUGGCGGCCCCAAAAGAACCUGAGUCUGCGGAAAGCAAGCCAGCUAAUUCACAACAGAGUCCCAUUGAGCCCAUAUCCGAGGUGCCGUUCGUGGAACCAAAAGUUGGGAAAGACAACAGGGUUAGCACCGCCAGAAAACCGUCGGAGAAUCGCUUGUCACGUUUGCCCAGUCUUCGACCAUCUUCCGCUUCAAACAGGCAUAAUGAUGAUGAUUCUUUCACGAACACAGAUGAGGUGUCUUCCAUCCAGAGCUUCACUAGCUAUACGGAAGAAUAUGAUAGGGAAGAACCACUCAUUACCAAAACGGAAAAGUUUUAUAAAAAGAGAGCGCCCUUGAAUCCGAAAUACGAUUCCGAGGAUUCAUACGUUAUAACCAGGGAAGUCUUUCAAAAGGAUACGGCUCUCACGUUUAAUGUGACUACAGUACAAUUGACCGACUCGCCGAAAUCUUUCAACGAAUACGACGCGGAAAAUCAGAUGCGCAGGCAAUCGUGGGACACAGAAAGUAGAAUGACGAGGGAGUCCUUUGAACUGAACCGCGGUGGAAAACGACUGGGCUCCGGUAUGGUUUUUAUCUAUAUGGUGAUACCACCGGACGGCGGAUUUGGCUGGGUCAUCAUGGUGUUGUCCUUCCUCGCCCAGUUGAUAAUCGAUGGUCUUAUAUUUACCAUCGGGGUCUUGUUGCCAUCCAUUGCCAAGGAUUUGGGUGUGACCUCAUCGUCGGUUACAUUUGUGGCCAGUGUGCAGAUCGGUUGCUACUUCACUAGCGGAGCCUUCUCUGCCAUUCUGAUAAAUCGUUUUGGAUUCCGCAAAGUAGCCAUCGCUGGAGUCCUGUGUUCCGCAUCCACCAUACUGGCCUCCAGCUGGAGCGUGAGCUUGACCAUGCUGAUCUUCUUUUACAGCGUCCUUGCCUGCACAGGUGGUAUUACUUUGAGCAUGAUCUGGGCGAGCUCGCAGCUGAUCGUGGGCUACUACUUUGAGCGGUAUCGUCCGAUGGCCAAUGGGUUUUCCUGCAGCGGUGGUGGAGCGGGUAUAGUCCUCUUCACGUUCCUCAACAGCUGGCUGGUCCCGAUCAUCGGGUGGAGGAACAUGCUGCGCACGCAGGCGGGCCUGAUAAUGCUGAUCCUGCUGAUGGUGGUCGCCUACGUGGAGGUGGCACCCACGCAGGUGGGCUUGUACCAUUUCCCUGAUAAUUUGGAAAGCAGUUCGGAUGAGUAUUACGGCAACUUCUAUGUGCAAGACUAUCUACGUCUAUCCACGGCGACCGCUGGCAGCCGGAGUAUGCUAAGUGAAUAUGAGCCACCACCUAAGAAGCACGGGUGCGCCAAGUUCUGCCCCUGCUGCACGAACUGUUGUGGAAAGCGGCGGAAGAAGCCCCAAAACGAGGAUGAACACAAUCUGCUGAUCCGGCCGGCACCCUUGGAGCGGGAGGAUCUCUUCUACACGGGUCCCGCCGACUACGACAAGCCGCACAGCAAGGAGAACCUCGAGGGCAAGGAAUUCCACCUAAUGGGAUCGGAUAAGAACACCCAGCAAGUGAACUAUGGCAUCAAGAAUAUAAAUGCGGAUGGUGAAGGGGAUGGCACUUCCAGAGAGCAUAGACGCACCCAUAGUGUACGUAGAUGGUCUGAGGAACAACCGAAAAAGAAAACUUCCUGUAGGAAUAGCCGGUUUAUGCUCACUCUGCUCAAACUAUUCGACUACCAUCUGCUGAAACAGUUCGAGUUCCAGAUUCUGGUGGCCUCCGCCCUUCUGUACCCGAUGGGCUUUAAUAUACCCUUCGUUUACUCCUCUGCACGUACCACGAUUCCCGUCGAAUAUGCCCGUAUGAUCGGUCCCAUUAUCGGAAUUAGUAAUCUGGUGCUGAGGAACAUCCUUGGCAUCCUCGCCUACAAAAGGCGCACUUGGACCCUCAAACUUUGUGGCAGCGGUCUGGUUUUCGGUGGGCUUUCCGUUUUAAUAAGCGCCUUCUACGGACAGAACUUGAUUUGGUUCCAGUUCCUCUACGGCAUGUCCUAUGCUGUAGCGCCAGCUGUUUUUUCCACACUCAGAGGUCUUAUAUACGUAAAGUACCUGGGACUUUCGAAGCUGACCAACGCCUUUGGGAUUACCUCUUUGGCCAUGGGAAUGGGCGCCUUUAUUGGGACUACGAUUGCCGGCAAAAUGGUGGGCAUUACGGGAAACUAUACAGCUGCCUUCUGCUUGGCGGGCUUAUGCCUCAUAAGCUCCGGAAUUCUGAAGCUCCUGCUGCCCUGGCUUAUCAAAUGCCGCAACAGGAAGGCCCACUGAGGAAUCGGAUUGCUGGAAUUUGCAAUAUUUAUUGGUUGUCCUGCGUGGAACCUGGGAUUUAUCUUACAAUAUAGCUUAGGCUCUUCUAGUUCUCUCAUUUGAUACGUAAACAAGUAUUAUUGACUUUUUUACUGGUGAUGUUUUGGUUAAAUCCUUCCAAAUUCUGAAUAAAUGAUUUUAUAAUACA